UGCAGUCAGAAAUCAGUGACGUCAAGUGCAAGCGGACAAUUUUCCGGAAGUCUGGGUUCAUUCAUCGGUCGGCCUCACUUUGGGCAUCCUGUGACUGUCUGCUUCAGUCUGUGGACGUUUGGGUUUCGCUCAUUUGCUCUUUCGUAUCUCGACUGCAGGAAGAAUGCCGAUGUUCGUAGUGAACACGAAUGUGAGCAAAGCCUCGGUCCCCGAAGCCCUUCUGACAGAAGCCACACAGGAGCUGGCUAAAGCCAUGGGCAAACCCGCGAAGUACAUUGCAGUGCACAUCAACCCAGACCAGAUGAUGAUGUUUGGGGGAAAGCUGGACCCGUGCGCACUCUGUACCCUGCACAGCAUCGGUAAGAUCGGAGGCGAGGCGAACAAAGAGUACUCCAAGCUGCUGUGCGGCCUGCUCAACAAACACCUGGGCAUAUCGCCCGACAGGAUGUAUGUCAGCUUCUUUGACAUGGAAGCGCAGAACGUGGCCUGGAAUAACACCACCUUCGGCUGAGCUAACACCCCCCCAGGCCCCAGCGCUGACCGGAGAACAGCAAGGCUUAAGAGUCGAUCUGUCCAGUUUUUGGGCAUCGGGAAGUAUGUGCACUCUGUCCUCUUUCUUCUACACUGACGUACCCCAAUAAAGCACACCCCUCGACCACA